AUGUCGGAGGCUCUGCUGGACGAAAUAGAAGCCAUCAACUCCAUCUAUGGCGAGCACACUUUGACCCACUCAGCUCAUUACGACGACCCGUCCAUUUUCAUCCUCACACUCCCCCGCGACACUGCUUCUCUGCGGUUACAGUUCCCGCAAACCUACCCCGAUGUCCCGCCCACCGUGCUUGGCACACACAGUUCAGGUUCCGGAGGGAAGCGCGGCACUGCAGCCCGGGACCUGGCCCUGUUUCGCGACGCCGUGAGUGAAGUCUACGAGCCAGGGCAAGUCUGCCUGUUCGACGCGAUUGAGAAGGUUCAGGAGCUGCUUGCGGCCGUCAAUGAGAAGGACGGCGAGGACGAAGAAGAUGAUGCCGCUGUCUCACAUCACCUGGGGGAUAUUCCCGACGAACUCACCACUGCUGCCGUUCCUGGUGGCGCCCUGGGCCCGCCGCCACCCUGGACCGUGUCCGACCCCUUCGCCGAGUCCAAAUCCACCUUCGUCGCCCGCUGCGCGCCGGUAACCUCACCCUCACAGGCGGCCGGGUUCCUCGCCCACCUGCUCGCGUCCGACAAGCGCGUCCGCACCGCGACGCACAACAUUACGGCGUGGCGCAUCCGCGGGCCCAACGGAACCAGCUUCCAGGACUGUGACGACGACGGGGAGACGGCCGCUGGCGGACGGCUGUUACAUCUCAUGCAGCUUAUGGAUCUUUGGGAUACCAUGGUUGUCGUCACGCGGUGGUACGGCGGCCAGAAGCUCGGCCCCAGGCGGUUCGCCCUGAUCAACCAGACGGCAAGGGACGCCUUUGUGAAGGCCGGGCUGUUGAAGGAGGAGGUCACGACGGGGAGCGGUGGGAAGAAGAAAGGGGGCAAAUGA